AUGCCUGUUCUAUCUAUUCUGUCCCUUCAUCUAUCUAUCUAUCCAUCUAUCUUUCUUCUUAUAUCUCUGUCUCGUUAUCUAUCUAUCUAUCUAUCUAUCUAUCUAUCUCUAGAGAUAGACACUAGACACCAGAUUCUAACACACUUUGAUAUUCUCGCAGAGAAAGCCCAACUGAAUGCUCCUUUAUUUUUUCUUCAUUAUGCAUUUUUGGAAUUUUUUUCUUCGAUCCUCUUCCUUUUUUUUUCAUUAGUUUUUUUUUUUGCAUUUCUCUUUCUUUACCCUUUUUCCUUUCAACUAUCUUUUCUUUUUCUUAUUCUCUUCUUACAUUUUCCUUCAUUGGAUAAUCAUUGUUCCUGCUUUUUAAUUCGUUCUUUUUCUUUCUUUUUCCUUCUUUCUUUGUACUUCCGCCUUUUUCUUUUCCUUCUUUAUUCUGUCUUUUAUGUCAUUAUUCAUUAUAUGCAUCUCUGUCUUUAUCGGUCUAUCUCAGUAUCUAUCUAUCUAUCUAUCUAUCUAUCUAUCUAUCUAUCUAUCUAUCUAUCUAUCUAA